CAGGGUGACUGGUACAAAACGAAGGAGAUUCUGCUGAAGGGCCAUGAAUGGAUACUCAAGGAAGUAACAAAGUCUGGACUCCGAGGUCGUGGAGGGGCUGGUUUUCCCACCGGGAUGAAAUGGGGCUUCAUGAACAAACCAUCUGAUGGCAGACCCAAAUACCUCGUAGUGAAUGCAGAUGAAGGAGAACCAGGGACGUGUAAGGAUCGAGAAAUCAUGAGGCACGAUCCACAUAAACUCAUCGAAGGGUGUUUAAUUGCUGGUCAUUCCAUGCAUGCUCGUGCCGGUGAGAAGAUAAAGUAUCAAACCCCAUUUUUCAAAAUAAUGCUGUAAUCUCCUUUAAAUUAC